CAUAUAAAUUAUUAAACUGGUUCCAAGUCUCUACUUAAAUGUGGAGUGCUGCUUUAACUUCACGCUUCCCAUAUGUCAUAGACAUUUAUAUAGGCAGUGGGGCAUUGACUUCCUGUUAUCCCUUUGAAGGCAGAAGUAAUAAGCAGAGUGUGCUUGGCCCGAGGAGGGAAAGGCCAUGGAUCCCAAGCAUCAGCGUAUGGCAUUAAAUGAUGGUCACUUCAUUCCUGUACUUGGACUUGGCACCUAUGCACCUGCAGAGGUUCCUAAGAGUAAGGCUGGGGAGGCCACCAAAAUAGCUAUAGAUGUUGGUUACCGCCACAUUGAUGCUGCUUACCUGUACCAAAAUGAAGAGGAAGUAGGUCUGGGCAUCCGAAGCAAGAUUGCAGAUGGCACUGUGAAGAGAGAAGACAUAUUCUACACUUCAAAGCUUUGGUGCACUUUCCUUCGACCAGAGAUGGUCAGACCAGCCUUGGAAAAGUCACUGCAAAAACUUCAACUGGACUAUGUUGAUCUCUAUAUUAUUCAUUUCCCAGCAGCUCUGAAGCCUGGGGAGGACAUUAUGCCAACAGAUGAAAACGGAAAAUUAAUAUUUGACAAAGUGGAUCUCCGUGCCACUUGGGAGGCCAUGGAAAAGUGCAAGGAUGCAGGACUGGCCAAGUCCAUCGGGGUAUCCAACUUCAACCGCAGGCAGUUGGAGAUGAUUCUGAACAAGCCAGGCCUCAAGUACAAACCCGUCUGCAACCAGGUGGAAUGCCAUCCCUAUCUCAACCAGAGCAAACUGUUGGAAUACUGCAAGUCCAAAGACAUCGUGCUGGUUGCUUAUAGUGCUCUGGGGUCACAUCGAGAAGCAAGAUGGUGAAAGUAAAAUGAAAGCCCACCAAAACG